GCAAAAACAAAAUGUUGCAUUUAUAUUUUUGUUCAGUGUAACUCAACAAGUGCAAGUAAAUACUAAUAAAAUAGAAAUAGUGCAAGAAAGGUUGAUAUACAAUCAGAUGGAAUAUGAUAUAUUAGAUAAAUAAUUAGCGAGAUGCAAACGGAAACCAAAGAUUAGACAGUCCAAAUUGAUGUGUUUUCAGUUUGCAACGGAAGAUCUGCAGAGUUUCUGCUGUCCUGGUGUCAGUGGGGAGCUCAUUCCACCAAUCAGGAGCCAGGAUAGCAAACGGGUGUGAUUUUGAGGGGCACCUGGGUCCCACUCACAGGGAUAGAGUAGCAAGCUGAUUGGCUGAUACCGAGCGUAGUGCACGUGCUGGAGUGUACGAUAAGAUGGACCUUUAUUAAUCUGCAGCAUUCUGAAUUAGCUGUAGCGGCCUGGACCAAGACCUCCUGGGAAUCACAUACUCUGAGUUCACGUUGCGUGUCUUUACAAAGCAAUGUGUGUGAGUACUAAACCAUGACUCUCCUUGUCUCCAGCACUGUAGAGCUGGCGAGAACGUGUAUUGGCACGCCGUAUUACCUGUCCCCUGAGAUCUGUGAGAACAAACCGUACAACAACAAGAGUGAUGUUUGGGCCCUUGGGUGUGUCCUGUAUGAAAUGUGCACCCUUAAGCAUGCAUUUGAGGCCGGCAACAUGAAGAACCUGGUUCUGAAGAUCAUCCGGGGCUCCUACCCCCCCGUCUCCCUGCAUUACUCCCAGGACCUGCGCUCUCUGCUGGGCCUGCUGUUCAGACGCAGCCCGAGAGAGAGACCCUCCGUCAGCAGCGUGCUGGAGAAACCCUUCCUCUGUUACAGGAUCCAAAGCUUCCUCUCUCCUCAG